AUGAAAGUAUUUCAAAAUAAAUUGUUCCCAACGGAUCUGUUAUCAACUCAAAAUCAACAGUUUGAAAGUAUUGAUAGUAUAACGGAAAGUCUGAAUACAGGCCUCGAAAUGUCUAAGCAAAUCGAUGUCCCAUCUACAUUCGCUGAUGUGGCUCGUAUAAGCCUAAAUAAUGUAAACAAAACAAACGUUACUCCCUGCGUAAUAAAAACGCCUGCGGCCAUGAAAAUAGCAACCGGGAGAGGGUCCGUUGUCCAAACUCAACCAAUUAAUCAGCCACAGUGUGUGACUCCAAGGAAAGAGUUAAAUAUUAAUAUUAGUGAGGAAGAAGAAAAAAUGAAUAAAGAUUGUGAGUGGACUACAGUUCGUAAGAAAAAGGGGGAGUUACCAAUCAAAAAAUGUGAAGAAAGGAAAUAA